AUGGUGCUGGCAUCACCUCCCGCGGCGAGGCCAUCGCGGUCCGGUGAGGGCGACGGGCCAGCAGAUGCCUACGAGGAGACCCAUGUCCACGGCGUAUACGAGGCCAUCGCCUCACAUUUCAGCGCGACGCGUCACAAGCCCUGGCCAUUUGUGUCGUCUUUCCUGGCCUCGCGGCCACCGGGCUCCGUGGGCCUGGAUAUCGGCUGCGGCAACGGCAAGAACAUGGGCGUGAACCAGCAUGUCGCCAUGCUGGGCUGCGACAGAAGCGCCGCCCUAGUGGCACUCGCCAGGGACUCGAUGUGCACAGCACGCUAUCGGAAACAGCCAGAUGAAGGCAAGGUGCCAGAUGCCGAGGCAGGCCCGGGCCUAGGAGGUGUCAUAACAGGCGCGGACGCCGUGGCGGCCGACAGCCUGGCGCUGCCGUUUAGGGAGGCAAGCGCCGACUUUGUCAUCUGUAUCGCUGUCAUCCACCACCUGUCCACGAGGGAGAGGCGGGUUGACGCCAUCAGGCAGCUCCUGCGCUGCGUGAGGCGGGGAGACCGCCGCGGCAACACGUCAACAGGGACAGCGUCCCAGCCGCAUGAUGUGCAUCAUGCUGAAGGCGCUGCAGACGUGCAUAGCGGGGGGCAGGGCCAGGGCCCGGGCUCGAGCGCGGGCCAGGUACUUGUGUACGUCUGGGCGCUGGAGCAGAGCAGCAGCAGGAGGGGAUGGGCUGAAGGCGGGGAGCAGGACCUGCUGGUUCCUUGGGUGAUGAAGGCACCCCAGCAGAAGAAGGCAAGGGUGAAGGGCCAGCAGAAGCAGGGACAGCGGCAGAAGCAAAACAAGGGCGGUCCCGCGGAAGAAGCAAAGAUACAGCAUGUGGACAGGGCAACAGAUGAACGUCGCGGUGCAAGCGGCGGUGAAGGAGGCGACGGGACGGCGGACGGCGGGCGACAGCAGCAGCAGCAGCAGGGCCAACAACAAGAGCAGCAGCAACAUGAUGCACAACACGAAGCCGUUGCAGCCGACGCUACUGCAGAUCCGGGCACAACCGAAAACGACGUGGCCGACGGGAACUCGCAGCAGGAAGCCCACACCGACAAGACAUUCCACCGAUACUACCACCUGUACAGAGAGGGCGAGCUGGAGGAAGAGGUCGUCGCCGCAGGGGGGUCGGUCCUGAGCAGCGGCUACGAGCGAGACAAUUGGUGGGUCAUUGCAGGGUGA